CCUGAACCCACCAGACAUUUCUGCCUCAGGACCUUUGCACUUGCUGCUGCUUUUGUCUAAAACACUCUUCCUUCAGGUAAGCACAGGACUUGCCCCAUCUCUUCAGAGAGGGCGUCCCGGAGCACCCAAUCCAAAUAGCAGCCCUCACUCUUCUCUAUUCUCUUAUGCUGCCUCACUUUUCUUCAUAGCACUGAUUACCACUGCGCACAUUUCUAUCUGUCUACUUGUUUAUCAUCACUCCUUCCCUAUUCCAUGAGAACAAGGACUUGUUUUGUUCAUUGCUCUAUCCCCAGUGUCUAGAGUAGUGCUUGGCACAUGGUAGGCAUGUAAUAAAUACUUGUUGAAUGAAUGGACAGAUGAAUGAGCAAGUUACUGUGUCCCUUAUCUCUUAAACUAGGUCCUAAGCACCUUAAGGGCAGGUCCCCCCACUUUAUCAUAUUUGUGCCCCAGCGUGAACACGUAUGAACACUGACAAUAUAUGUACAGUGAUCGAAACAAUUUGUAAGUAUCAUGUAGAAACCAAUUUAGCCAAGCACCAUGGAAUAGGGAUUGGGAACACUGGAAUUCAAAAGAGCAGAGUUCCCAACCAGGCUGCCACUAAGGAGCUGUGUGGUCUGGAACAAACAGUCCAUAUGGGCCUCUGUUUUCUCAUCUGUAAAGGCAAGUCUUGGACUAGAUUUUGAAAUCCCCUUCAGCCGUAAUAUUCUGUGGUUGUAAAUUUAGGGCAAUUGCACAUUCCUCUGACACACAUUUGCUAAGCUAAGUUUCAGGCACUAAUGGAAAAAACAAGAACCUCUCAAGAGUUCCCGGAUUGAAGGAACAAGAUAAAAUGGGGUCAGCUUGGCUGCAAUAAGAGCCGAGUCUUUUUUUUUUUUUUUAUUAAACUAUAGCUGACUUACAAUAUUGUGUUACUUUCAAAUGUAUAGCAAAGUGGUUCAGUUAUAUAUUUUUCCAGAUUCUUUCCAUCAUAGGUUAUUACAAGAUAUUGAAUAUAGUUCCUUGUGCUAUACCAUAGGUCCUUGUUAUCUAUUUUAUAUAUAGUGGUGUGUAUCUGUUAAUCCCAUACUCCUAAUUUAUCCCUCCCUCCCCUUUCCCCUUUGGUAACCGUUAAGUUUUUUUCCUAUGUUUGUGAGUCUGUUCCUGUUUUGUAAAUAAGUUCAUUUGUAUUCUUUUUUAGGUUCUACAUAUAAGUGAUAUCAUAUAUUUGUCUUUCUCGGUCUGACCUCACUUAGUAUGAUCAUCUCUAGGUCCAUCCAUGUUGCUGCAAAAGGAUUAUUUUGUUCUUUUUUAUGGCUGAGUAGUAUUCUAUUGUAUAUAUGUACCACAUCUUCUUUAUCCAUUCAUCUGUUGAUGGACACCUAGGUUGCUUCCACAUCUUGCCUGUUGCAAAAAUAAUGUUGCUAUGAACAUUGGGGUGCACAUGUCUUUUCAAAUUAGAGUUCUCAUCUUUUCCGGAUAUAUGCCCAGGAUCAGGAUUGCUGGAUCAUAGGUAGCUCUAUUUUUAGUUGUUUUUUUAAAAAUUUAUUUAUUUUUGGCUGCAUUGGGUCUUCCUUGCUACGCACGGGCUUUCUCUAGUUGUGGUGAGUGGGGGCUACUCUUCAUUGUGGUGUGCGGGCUUCUCAUUGCGGUGGCUUCUCUUGUUGCAGAGCACGGGCUCUAGGCGCACGGGCUUCAGUGGUUGUGGUACCCAGGCUCAGUAGUUGUGGCUCACGGGCCUAUCUAGAGUGCAAGCUCAGUAGUUGUGGUGCACAACUUAGUUGUUCUGUGGCAUGUGGCUUAGUUAUUCUGUGGGGCUUAGUUGUUCUGCGGCAUGUGGUGUCUUCCCAGACCAGGGAUCAAACCUGUGCCCCCGCAUUGGCAGGCGGAUUCUUAACCACUGAGCCAGCAGGGAAGUCCCUAUUUUUAGUUUUUUAAGGAACCUCCAUACUUUUUUCCAGUAUGGCUAUGCCAAUUUACAUUCCCACCAACAGUGUAGGAGGGUUCCCUUUUCUCUACACCCUCUCCAGCAUUUAUUGUUUGUAGACUUUUUAAUUAUGGCCAUUUUAAUCGAAGAGAGGUGAUACCUUAUUGUAUUAAUAGCUUGGGGAGACUUCCGUGGUGAUCCAGUGGGUAGGACUCGGUGCUCCCAAUGCAGGGAGCCCGGGUUUGAUCCCUGGUCAGGGAACUAGAUCCCACAUGCAUGCCCCAACUAAGAGUCCGCGUGCCACAACUAAGAAGUCUGCAUGCCUCAACUAAGAAGUCUGCAUGCUGCAACUAAGAGAUUCUGCAUGCAGCCAAAGUAAAUAAAUAUUUUUAAAUAAAGUAAAAUAAAUAGUUUGGACUUGCAUUUCUCUAAUAAUUAGCUAUGUUGAGCAUCUUUUCAUGUGCCUGUGAGCCAUCAGUAUGUCUUCUUUGGAGAAAUGACUAUUUAGGUCUUCUGCCCAUUUUUUGAUUGGGUUUUUUGUGGGUUUUUUUGGUAUUGCGUUGUAUGUGCCGUUUGUAUAUUUUGGAAAUUAAGCCUGUGUCGGUCGCAUCGUUUGCAAAUAUUUUCUCCCAUUCGGUAGGUUUUUUCCUUUUGUUUAUGGUUUCCUUUGCUGUGCAAAAGCUUCUAAGUUUGAUUAGGUCCCAUUUGUUAAUUUUUGGCUUUAUUUCUUUUGCCUUGGGAGACUGAUCUAAGAAAAUAUCUCUACAGUCUAUGUCUGAGAAUGUUUUGCCUACGUUCUCUUCCAGGAGUUUUAUGGUGUCAUGUCUGAUUUAAGUCUUUAAGCCAUUUUGAAUUUAUUUUUGUGUAUGGUGUGAAGAGCUGAGUCUUAAUAAAGCAGCAGAAGCAUGCCCUGGAGUCAAGACUGGGAAGGAUAUUCUAGGCCAAAGAAAUGGCUGUGCGAAGGCAGGAGGCAUGGGGAAUGGGAUAUUUGUUAAGUACAACCAUACAACUUACAUUACACAAAGAAUUUCUGAGGCAAAACAGCUUUUGUACGCUGAGAAGUAUGCCCUGCAUCCAGCAAAACUGAAGUCUCAGCCAGGAAAACAUUCACACCUGGAAAACAGCCAGGUGAGGAAUGCCACAACCUAAACUGUUCAAAUUUAGGAAAUGACCCGACCCUCGCUGCUUCCUGUGAGGUCUUUCUUCCCCAACGACCUGGGGCGGCUCCAAGGCCACCUCAUACCCGUUUCUACCUCCCUAGCUCACCAUAGGCCCUAGGCUGGGAACAAAGGUGGACCAACCAAUUGCUACUCGGUGGGAUCUGGAGAAAAGGGCAAAGGUCUAACCGCAGGUCAGGCACCCCAAACAGGGCGUGGCGGUUGCCCUUGGCAUCACGCAACCUCCCCGGUAGUUGAAGCACCCUUGUUACCAGGCUCGCUGCAGGUGAGGCUGGGGUCUUGCUCCCCGCUCAUUGGUCCGCAGAGAAGCACCUCUGAGGAACCCCUGUUGCCCAGGCGAGGACGAGAGCCCAUUGGUCGGGACACCUCACAAUGCCCCCCCCGCACCCCCCACCCCACUCCCGCGCGUGCAGGGUUCUUCCCAUUGGUUCGCUGCCUGCCUCGGGAGCCCCCUGUGGCCUCCAACCAAGCAGCCUACUUGGCGCACUGCUGGCGAGUGUCCCCAAGCUGACCCUGUUCCCCAUUGGCUGCUGUGGGGGCCGCCGCCAUCUAAUGAGGAGGGAGGCGCCGAGCACCCGAGCACGCGUUCCCUGCGGCGGGAUCUAGCUCUGCAGCCGCGGGGCCGGGCAAGGGCCGAAGCUGUGCAAAGGACGAGAGACCGGCUUCUCUGCGGAGGACACCUGUUCUCCCUCCGGACCUGGUCUGGGUCGCAGCUCGGGCUUCCCGUCGCGGAGCUGUGCGUCUCCAAUCUGGAACCCAACCCGCGAGGCUCCAGUAAGUACGAAGCACCCACGCAGCGCGCGAACCGGCUCAGGGCGGACGGAGAGAGUGUCCCUGCUCCUGUGUAUCCAGUGUGCGUCUCCAUUUACUUAUCCCCUUAAUCGUUUAUCCACCCAACGUUUAUCGGUUCGUUUAUUUGGCAUUCUGGGUGCAACUCUCUGCGCCGCUUGUCCACAUCCUUCUCUCCGACGGUGUGGGGAAACCCUGUGCCCUGAAGAAUUCGGACUGAGAUCCGAAAGGAAGAGUGGUGUAGACGAGGGUGCAACCCCGGAGGGACCAUGUUCUACUAUCCCAGCGUGCUUCAGCGCCACACGGGCUGCUUCGCCACCAUCUGGCUGGCAGCAACGCGCGGCACCCGGUUGGUGAAGCGCGAAUACCUGAAGGUGAACGUGGUGAAGACCUGCGAGGAAAUCCUCAAUUACGUGCUGGUACGAGUGCAGCCCCCGCUGCCCGGUCUGCCGCGGCCCCGCUUCUCCCUUUAUCUCUCAGCCCAGCUCCAGAUUGGCGUCAUUCGGGUCUACUUGCAGCAAUGCCAGUACCUUGUAGAGGACUUCCAGCACAUCCUGGAGCGCCUGCACCGGGCCCAGCUGCAGAUCCGCAUUGAUAUGGUGGAGACGGAGCUACCCAGCCUGCUGCUCCCUAAUCACCUGGCCAGGAUGGAGACUCUGGAAGAUGCUCCAGACCCCUUUUUUGGGAUGAUGUCUGUGGAACCCAGACUGCCCAGUCCCUUCAAUAUCCCUCAGAUUCAACACCUCCUAGAGGCUGUGACCCCAGAGAGAGUUCUUGAAGAGAUCCCUCCUGAAGUUCCUAUAGAGCCAGAAACGGGCUGGUGUGACUUCCCUCCCCCUCCAGAAAGGAUUCCGGUCACUGCACCGUCUCCCGAGGCCAUCACGCUCCCGGAGGUGGAGCCCAUACGUAUGCUUAAGAUUGAGGGUGAACGGGACCUCGCAGAGAUCAGCCGCCGAGAGUUGGACCUGCUGAUCGCAGAGGAGGAGGAAGCCAUCUUGUUAGAGGAAGGUCGGCUAGGCAGGACCAUCUGGCCACGUAGGGCCCGCCCGGUGCUGGAUGAGUACAAAGAGGAGCUCCGGGUCCCAGAGAGGGAGAUCACAGUCCCCCCGCCCUCACCUCUAGCUCUUCCAGAGGUGGAGGAGGCUGCAGAGCUACCUCCAGUUCGGGUCCGGCCCCCCGAGGAGCUGAAGCCACCAGCCUGGGAGCCCGAGGCCCUACUUCCUGAGGUAACACCCCCGCUGGAGCUGCGUCUGCCACCCCCCGUCAGCCCAGAGCGGAGGAGGCCCCCAGUCCCCCCACCUCCCAGGAGCCCACCUGCUCGUCGCCGCCGCCGCCAGUUAUUAUUCUGGGACCGGGAGACCCAGAUCCCCCGGGAGGAAUUCCAGAAACAAAUGCAGACCAGAGCCCACUGCCGGGAGUGUCCAAUGGUGCAGCCUCCUGAGAGGAUGAUCACGAGCCCCGCGGAGCUGUUCCGAACCCCGACUCACUCUGGCCGGCUACCCCAAGAACUGCUGGCUUUCUGGACCCACUGUGCCCAGCCACUCCCGCUUGCACUCAGGAGAAGGCCACCCCUGGAGCCCGAGGAAGAGGAAGCUGAGAGGGAGGCGGCAGCUGAGGAGGAAAGGAGAAAGGCUGAAACUCCGAGCGACAUCGAGGUCCUGAGGGAGGCCCUGGAGCCCAGUGUGCCUCUCAUGCCUUCAGGUAAAAUCUCCCUAGAAGCGGCCGAGGAGGAGAAGACGCGCGUCAGCCUCGUCCCCCUGGAAGAACGGUGGGCCUGGGCUGAGGUGGAGCGGCCAGAAGCCCCUGCAUUGCCCGUGGUGCCGGAGCUCCCUGAGGUGCCUGUGGAGAUGCCGGCGGAGCUGCCCCCGGAGCCCGAGCCGCUCUCGCUGGAGGCUGUGCACAGGGCAGUGGCACGGGAGCUGCAGGCCAACAGGGAGCCUGACUUCAGCAGCCUGGUGCCCCCUCUCAGUCCCCGCAGGGUGGCCGCCCGGGUCUUCUACCUGCUCCUGGUGCUUGCUGCACAGGAGAUCCUUUGUGUGAAACAAGAGGAGCCAUAUGGGCGCCUCCUGAUCCAGCCAGGGCCCCGAUUCCACUGCGGUUAGAGCCAGUUUACAAAGCUGCCAGGGAACCGGCUUCGGUACACAACGUCCUGCCUCACUUCGGAACACGUAUCUCUAUCCUUCCUGCUCCCAGAGCUACUGUUCAAGCAGAAAAUAAACUGCCUUCAUUACA